AUGUUGAACUACAGCAACCUGAGGACCUCGCUACUCCCCCUCCACCUCCUCUCCUGCGCCUCCACCUGUUCGGCCUUCACCUCCCUGCUGUCUAAACGCAUCUCCAAAGCCUUGGGAGAGAAAAAAGAACAAAAUGAGAAGAAGCCAUCCAUACUCGGAGACCUACCCAGCCAGCAGGGCACCUACCUGGGCAGUCCCGGCAUCUCCUCUGGAGAUGGCUACUUUGAGAUGGGUCUGGGGCAGGAAGAGGGUGAGGAGGAGGAGGAGGAGACGGAGGGUGAGGGCUGCCCUGCCUCCCUCAGUGAUCAGGGAGAGUUUGAGGUGCAGGGAGAGCAUGGAGCCCCGGAGGAGGAGGUGGUGGUGACCAGGGUGGUGUGGUGCCUCUGUCUUAAGGUGGGGGACGUGGUGGAGCAGAGGUCUGUGUGUUUGGUGCUAACAGAAGGCCUACUGGCGCUGUUCCACGCCCCCGAUCCCUCCUCCGCAGCCCAACUCCAUAACCCGUCUCCCCUGUCAGCCCCAUGCGGCCAGCCUCACGGUCUACCGCACCUUGUAGAUGUCCUGGAGGCAGACUUUGUCAUUCCCCGUGACCAGAUCGCCUCGGUCAUCUUGGACAUCCCAGACGCCUGCCUCUCGCUGAGGGUCAGGUCCUCCAAUGUCGUCUGGUUCCUCUUCUCGGACUCUGAGAGUUUAAUGGCGGCCCACUCCUCCCUCUGCUCCCUGGCCCAGCUCCCCUCCUCCACCUGUCUGUCAGGGGAGCCUUCCACCUCUCAGCAGCUCCUCAAACUGCUCCUCACCUCCUGGGAGUUUGAGGAGAACCAGGACUGUGUGAAGGGAGGCUAUGUGGCACACCUGGUGGAGACGGCCUUGUUUGCACCCCCAACUUCCACCCUCUCUACUGCCACCAACCAAACCUCCACCCUCUCUACUGCCACCAACCAAACCUCCACCCUCUCUACUGCCACCAACCAAACCUCCACCCUCUCUACCACCCCCAACCAAACCUCCACCCUCUCUACCACCCCCAACCAAACCUCCACCCUCUCUACCGCCACCAACCAAACCUCCACCCUCUCUACCGCCACCAACCAAACCUCCACCCUCUCUACCACCCCCAACCAAACCUCCACCCUCUCUACCGCCACCAACCAAACCUCCACCCUCUCUACCGCCACCAACCAAACCUCCACCCUCUCUACCGCCACCAACCAAACCUCCACCCUCUCUACCGCCACCAACCAAACCUCCACCCUCUCUACCGCCACCAACCAAACCUCCGCCCUCUCUACCGCCACCAACCAACUGUCAUCUCCUUUGAGGACAUCAUCCAACCCCAUCGCCUCCACUGUUUUGGGACCGACCGCCUCACCCCUCAACCCAACCAACCCCCGUGUCUCAGACGUCCUCUCCCACAUUGUCCCAGGAGGCGAAGCGGACCGAGGCUCUUGCUGCCUCCCCUGUGUCCUGUUCCUGACCCAGUUGCAUGUCUAUGUGUUGAAGGUGGACUUCCCAGCCCUGGCCAGGGACCAGACAGAGAACUCCAGUCUGAGGCUCCGCUCCUUUGCAAGGCUCAGUCGUCUUCCACUGGCCUCUGUCCUGCUACACCCCCGGCUGAGUGACCUGUCUGGGUCUGACACGGCCAGCCCCCCCUGCUGCCCGCGGCCCGGGCACCGCCCCCCUCCCAGAGACGCUCACGUCCUGGAGCUUCUGCUGGGACAGGAGCGAGUCACGGUGUUGUUCCCCCUGCCUCAUGACAGACUCCGUUUCCAGAGGCAGUUCAGCUCGCUGCGCUCCAGCCUCAGGGACAUCAAAACAGUGGCUUUCCUGCAGGGGGGGAAAGAAUACAAGCACAGUGACAGCGACAGUCCCCAGGCGAUCAACAUCUACCCCUCCUCCCUCAGUAGGAGCAAGAGAACUGACAGGCUACAGGUCAACAGUCCCGGAGGCACACGGCGGCCCCGCCCCUCCCUCUCCCUGUCCUACCCUACGAAGUGUCUGCUGGAGAAGCUGACCGAGGACAACCAGGUCCCACCCCACCUGACCCUAAGUCUGUCCCCAGCCCAGUCCCUCCUUUCUGGGCUCAGGGGACAGGACCUCCUGGGGUUCUUCCACACAAACAUAGCUGAGGUGGAGAAGGAGGAGUUACAGCAUAUUCUGUGGUCAUCUGUGGUUUUCUAUAAGUCACCUGACAUCGAGGUCACUUCCUGUAUAAUGCUCUCCACUAAAGCCCUCUACUUCCUGUUGGAUAACUCCGCCUCCACACUCAUCGACCAGUCACUGCUGGGGGUCAGCUGGAGGUCAGCAGAGUGGCAGGAAUCCUCAGCGCUGUGGAACGGGAACCGCUGUGACUCUCAGUACCAGCCCGACCCAGAACUCCUGAUGUCCUACUGUUUCACCAUGAAGCUCAACCACCUCCACUCCAUCAACGUGGGCCUGUUUGACCAGUACUUCCGGGUGGUGGGGCCGUCAGCAGAAAACAUCCUCUGCUGUCUGACACGAGACAGUUACGGGACUCACCGCUUCCUACAGCAGCUGAUGACCGUGCUGUCCCUCCAGGAGAAGCUGCCCUCUCCUGAACCAUCAGAUCAGGACUUCUACACACAGUUUGGAAACAAAUCAUCAGGUAAGAUGAAGAACUACGAGAUGGUCCACUCCAGCCGGGUGAAGUUCAUCUACCCCAGCGAGGAAGAGAUUGGGGACCUGACCUUCAUCGUGGCUGAGAGGAAAGGUCCUUCUGGGUCGUCGUCCUGCAACAUUCUGCUCUAUGUGUUGGUCUUCCAGGUCCAGACCCAGUCUGCAGACUGCAGCGGCACCAAGACCCAGGGCCCAGUCUCUGCUAGCCAGCCGCGUCUCCACCCCCAGAGCCUCCCCGCUGCCCCCCCCGUGCCCUCUAAGCCCACACCGAAGGGCCUCCCUCCCCUGGCCCCGCCUCCCUCCAGGCCCACGCUGAAGGGCCUCCCUCCCCUGGCCCCACCUGCCAGCAGGCCUCUCCUCCACCCCAAGACGCUGGUCCUCACCAGUACGGAUGUUUUCCUUCUGGACGAGGAUUACAUCAGCUACCCUCUGCCCGACUUCGCUAAGGAACCCCCUCCCCGGGACAAGUACCAGCUGACCGACGCCCGGCGGAUCAGAGAUCUGGACCGGGUGCUGAUGGGCUAUCAGACCUACCCCCAGGCACUGACGCUGGUGUUUGAUGAUGUGCCGGGCCCUGACCUGCUCUGCCACCUCACCAUGGACCACUUUGGAGACCAGGAGGUGGCAGGACGAGGCGGGAGGGCAGGGGUCAGUGGGGGUGCAGAAAGCGAGGUGCAAUGGUGCGUGUACGUCCCUGGAGCAGACAGCCGGGAGAGGUUGAUAUGCCUGCUGGCACGACAGUGGGAGGGGCUGUGCAGCCGGGAACUGCCUGUUGAACUGACGGGCUGACUGACUGGUUCUUCUUCCUGUUGAACUGAGCGGCUGGCUGACUGGUUCUUCUGCCUGUUGAACUGAGCGGCUGGCUGACUGGUUCUUCUGCCUGUUGAACUGAGCGGCUGACUGACUGGUUCUUAUGCCUCUUGAACUGACCGGCUGACUGGUUUUUCAGUUGGAUCACUGGUUCUUCUUUUAGAUGGAUUCACAGGUGGUGGUUUUCCAACCAAAAUGAAUGUUAUGUUACUUACCGCCUUUAGAGGCAGAUGUAAAUUGACUCAAGUCAAGAGCCAGGCAGCAAACAAGACACCAGUCACAUUUCACCAGUCACAUUUCACCAGUCACGGACAGACGAGGAAUGAAAGCCCCUAAUAUUCCUCCACUUCUUCUACUUACACUUCCUUUUCCUCCUCACAGGAACUUUUGUGACAUUUCUUGUAAUUUAUAAUCAGACCCAGUGCAUCCUGGUAAUUUGUACAGAAUAUCCACAGGUGUGCAAUAUUAGUUAUUUGUCUUGGUACAUACUGUCGCCCCUCCCCUUACACAUGCUCCUCCCCUUACCCAUACCUGACUCUAGUAUAGACAGCGUAAUGCAUGCACUUUCAAAUGUCUUUACGCUUCGUUUAAUCUCUCUCAUUCUGGCCUGAUAUAAUCGAACGCAGAAACCCUAAGUACAGUUGGUGGAGCCUCCACCCCCCUUAGUCAUAGUUGAGCUGCUGAAACAAAAUAUAUGGCUUCAUCCCAAAUUACACCUAUUCUCCAUGCAGUGAGCCACUACCAGCCUCUGUAGGGCUUUUCCUAGGCAGGCGUAGUGCCCAAUUAGAGAAUAGGGUGUCAUUUGGAAUGUCGGUUCCAGGUCUGAAUCCAUGUAAGAACCAUCGUUGUGCUUUAUCUGCUGCACGUCAGGGAACAUGUGUUUGUAUCAUAAUGCGUCUUUUCUUUCAAGGCAACAGUAUUACUAUACUAAUUGUAGUCUUUUGACUGAAGUAAAUGGGGAGUUGUUUUCGACCAAAGGAUAAAUGAUGAUGAUCCUUAAUAUUAUUUUAUUCAGAUGAAGAAUGUUAGAUUCUGUUUUUAAAAUGAGGCUCUAGCAAGGUAUUUCUUUAUUGCUGGUCUUCAUAUAGUAUUUGUUUUCUGUUUCCCUCAUGCCACUUAACUUCCGGUUUAGUGAACUAUGUAAUUCCCUGUUUAGUGAACUUGUUUUGCCCAGAUCUAUGAGACUUGGUCAGACUGCUCACUUAAGCCUCAUUGCUUCUCCCGGUGGCUGUGGUAGAGACUGUCUGCCGGUGGCUGUGGUAAAGACUGUCUGCCGGUGGCUGUGGUAAAGACUGUCUGCCGGUGGCUGAGGUAAAGACUGUCUGCCGGUGGCUGUGGUAAAGACUGUCUGCCGGUGGCUGUGGUAAAGACUGUCUGCCGGUGGCUGUGGUAAAGACUGUCUGCCGGUGGCUGUGGUAGAGACUGUCUGCCGGUGGCUGAGGUAAAGACUGUCUGCCGGUGGCUGAGGUAAAGACUGUCUGCCGGUGGCUGAGGUAAAGACU